AUGAUGGCCUUUUUGGCCACGUAUGAGAUCGAAAAGGACAAGGAUCGCAUCACGGACGAAGAUAUCAUGGCGAAGGUCAAGGCUAGAUGCGAGACGACUAAUCGAGACUUUCUCGCCAAUCCGGCAGCGCUGUUCACUCAGCAGUUAAAAAUGGACUUAUCGAUCAAGGAUGUUCCCGACAGAGUGUCAAAGUAUUUUCGGCAGUUCGAGCAGAUCAUUGCUGAUAACGGCUUUUAUGAGAAUCUAGGCCGAGGUGCGGCUACAGACGAUGACUAUGUGGCGAGGAUGAAACAAAAAACCAAGAUCUUGGUUGACAACCUGUAG